AUUGCCUCGCAACUUCCAAUACAAAGCAAUAAUAGAAGUACAAGCAUUCUCUCAUCAUUUUGUCCAAUCAAACCAAAAAUACAAUGUCAGAGCUUAAACAAAGACUUCCCCCUUCCUCCAUCAAACAACCAUUAUCAUCCACCUCUGAUGAGGAUGGACCCACUAAUGAUCAGAAGCCGCAGGAGCAGCCAUCCAUAGCACAACGAGCCUUGGCUAGCACGGCUAAUUUAGCCAACUUGCUACCAACAGGAACUUUGUUAGCAUUUCAACUUCUCACACCAAUCUUCACCAACAACGGCCAGUGUGACGUUGCUACACGGCCUAUGACUGCACUACUCCUCGCAGUGCUAUCACUGUCCUGCUUCCUUGCCUCUUUCACAGACAGUUUUCGAGCCACGGAUGGACAGGUCUACUACGGCUUUGCCACCUUCAAGGGCAUGUGGCUCUUCGACUACCGUGGUCAGGUUAAGCCUGAUUUGGUCAAUUAUAGACUCCGCUUUAUUGAUUGGGUUCAUGCUAUUUUAUCUGUAAUGGUGUUUGGGGUUGUGGUUUCAAGAGAUAAGAAUGUGAUCAACUGUUUUUACCCAAAGCCAAGCCAUGAGGUUCAAGAAGUUCUUGAUAUUUUGCCUGUUGGUGUGGGUUUGAUCUGUAGUUUACUGUUUGUGACUUUUCCAACUAGAAGACAUGGUAUUGGCUACCCUGUUUCUAAUGGGCAGUAACCUAUACAUAUCAUUAAUAAUUUGAAUUCAUUCUUGAUUUAUUUAAUACUCCUAUUCAACAUAUUUUCAGCAAAACGUUUCUAUGUUAUUCUAUUCUUAUUGAUUGAUAAACUUUUUAAGUGCUUAGAUUGAUUAAUAAUUACUCCUACUUAAUUAAUUAAUUGUAGUUGCUUUCAUGUAACUGGAUUUGACAUUAUUUUAACUUCAAAGUUAUGUGUUGUAAUUAGAGCUAUUCAAAAGAGACUCGACCCGAAAAUUCAAUGCGAAAUCGAAAAUAAAUCGAUCCGAAAAUGUGUUUCUUUUUUAGGUUUAUCGAACUAGCAUUACCCGACCUGAAACUAUACCCGAACCGGUUGACAACCGAAAAUGGGAAAAUUGAACCCGAGCUGUAACCGAUUUUUCUAACCGACACAUAACUGUUAACCGAGAUUACCCGAAGCUAAUAAUGACCGACUCGAGUCAUAUCUGACCCGAAUCAUUCCCGAGACCGAACUCGAUCCGGCUAAAACCGACUUAACCCGAAGAAAGUUUAGAUCGAACUGUUGUAAACCUGAACCAAUUUUUUUACA